AUGUCCACGGUGAUCCUCGGUGGCGGCAUCAUCGGCCUCUCGACGGCAUAUUACCUCUCUCUGGCGCGGGCAUCGUCGUCAUCGUCGUCGACGUCGAUAAUCCACAUCGUCGACUCCGCGCCCUCGCUGCUCCUCUCGGCGAGUGGCUUUGCGGGCGGGUUCCUCGCGGCAGACUGGUUCAGCCCGUCUGUGGCGGCACUGGGCGCGCUCUCGUUCCGCCUGCAUCGCGAGCUGGCCGAGAAGCAUAGUGGGUCGCGCAGGUGGGGGUACGCGGGGAGUCACACGUACAAUCUGAGCGUGGAUGAGCGCGCGGCGGCGAGGAAGGGGCGCAAAGGGAAGGGGGAGGAUUGGUUGCGUGAAGGGACGAGUCGAGCCGAAGCGGCGGCGGGGGCGGGGUCGGUGAGUUCUGAAGCGAACGGCGGAAGUGGUGGCCGCCAGGGCGACAUGCUCAACCCGGACGGAUCGCCCGCCGUAUGGACACCCCAGCCGGGCGGGACGCUCGAAACGAUGUCCGGACCAGAGACCACCGCGCAGAUCGAGCCGCGCGAGCUGUGCGAGUUCCUGCUCGACGAGUGCAAGAAGAGAGGCGUCCAGGUCCGCCUCUCGACCGAGGCCACGGGCAUCAUUACCAACGAAGACGGGGCUCUAAGGGCGAUCAAACUGCAAUCCGUGACAAGCAGCACCACCGAGGAAGUCAAUGCAAGCGACGAGCUCGAAUGUAAGGACAUCCUCAUCUCCGCGGGCGCGUGGACACCCAGAGUCUUCAAGACGCUGUUCCCCCAAAGUAAGCUGCAGGUCCCCAUCGAGCCAUUGGCGGGCCACAGCCUCGUGGUCAAAUCCCCGCGAUAUAAGACGCCGUUCAUCGACGCCGCGAAGCGAAACCUGGGCGGCGGGGCGGAGAACUGGCUCUGCUACGCGAUCUACUGUUCCCCCAGCCGGCACUGGUCAUACGCGACGGAAGCGUUCGCGCGGCUCGCGCGCAACGGCGAGACGGAGAUCUGGCUGGGCGGGUUGAAUGACGGUUCGCUCCCACUACCCGAACUGGCAAGCGACGUCAAAGCUAUGAUCGAUCCGGAGAGUAUCAAGUCGCUGCGCAGGACGACCAUGCAGUUGACGGGUCUGGCGAACGAGGGUGACGAAGUGAACCAGGACGACCUCGAAACGGUCAGGGAAGGUCUCUGUUUCCGCCCUGUCAGUCAGAGGGGGGUUCCCGUUCUGGGGAAAAUACCAGACCACUAUCUGGGUCUGCGACCCGGUGCCGGUGGUGGCAGUGUCUGGAUAGCAUCGGGGCACGGUCCGUGGGGUAUCAGCCUGAGUCUGGGGACGGGGAUGGUCAUGAGCGAAAUGAUUUCAGGAGAGAAGCCGAGUGCAGAUAUUAGAGCCCUUCUCAUCGCCUGA